AUGGUCUAUCUGUCUAUCUAUCUAUCUAUCUAUCUAUCUAUCUUACUGUCCCAGUCUAUUCACUUUUUGCCUUAUGUUCAUAUCUAUCUACCUAUCUAUCUACGCGAAUCCGUUCAUAUCUAUCUAUCUAUUGAUCUAUCUAUCUAUAUCACGUUAUUGACGUUUAUCUAUCUAUGCGUAUCUGUUCAUAUCUAUCUAUCUAUCUACCUAAUACAGGUUAUUUCUAUCUAUUUCAAUCUAUCUCUCUACCUCAGUCUGUUUACAACUAUCACUGCUGCUAUAUUUCUUUCUUUCUUUCUUUUUAUUUAUCUAUCUCAGAUUGUUGACGUCUAUCUAUCUAUGCGAAUCUGUUCAUCUAUCUAUCUAUGUAUCUAUCUAUUACAGGUUCUUUCUAUCUAUCUAUCUCAAUCUCUCUAUCUAUCUAUUUAUCUCUCUACCUCAGUCUGUUUACAACUAUCACUGCUCCUAUAUUUCUUUCUUUCUUUUUUUCUUUCUUUCUUUCUUUCUAUCUAUCUAUCUAUCUAUCUAUCUAUCUAUCUCAGUUUAUUGAUGUCUAUCUAUCGAUGCAAAUCUGUUUAUAUCUAUCUAUCGUUCGCUCUAUCGAUCUCAGGUUAUCGACGUCUAUCUAUCUAUGCGAAUCUGUUCAUCUAUCUAUCUAUGUAUCUAUCUACCCUAGUCUGUUUACAACUAUCACUGCUCCUAUAUUUCUUUCUUUCUUUUUCUUUCUAUCUAUCUAUCUAUCUAUCUAUCUAUCUAUCUAUCUAUCUAUUUAUCUAUCUAUCUAUCUCAGUUCUUUCUAUCUAUCUAAAUCUAACUAUUUAUCUAUCUCUCUCAGUUCAUUGCUCCUUUCUUUCUUUCUUUCUUUAUUUCAUUCUUUAUAUCUAUCACGGUUUCUAUCUAUCUAUCUAUCUAUCUAUCUAUCUAUCUAUGUGUUCCCUUCAAUCCAUCUCAUUCAUCCAUUCAUGUAUCUAUCCAAAGUGUCUGUACAUUAUCUAUCUAUCUAUCUAUCUAUCUAUCUCUCUGUCUAUCUUCUAUCUAUCUAUCUAUCUAUCUAUCUAUCUCAAUCUUCUCUACAUUUAUCUAUCUAUCUAUCUAUCUAUCUGUCUAUCUCUCUGUCUAUCUAUCUAUCUAUCUAUCUAUCUCAUCUCCACAUUAUCUAUCUAUCUAUCUAUCUAUCUAUCUAUCUAUCUAUCUAUCCAUCCAUCGCAGUAUCUUCAUUAUCUAUCUAUCUUUCUAUUUGGGUUUAUCUAUCUAUCUAUCUAUCUAUCUAUCUAUCUAUGUCUAUAUAUUCUGUGUUUUGGCUUGUAA